AUGGCCACCACCAUCUCCGCUGGUCCUACCACAACGACCACCACCAUUGCUCCUGCCACAACGGCCACCACCACCUCCGCUGCUCCUACCACAACGACCACCACCAUUGCUCCUGCCACAACGGCCACCACCACCUCUGCUGCUCCUACCACGACAACGAUCACCACCACCGCCGGUCCUGCUACGACACCUACAACCAUUGCUGCUGCUCCUGCCACGACCACCUCCGCUGCUCCUGCCACGACCACCUCCGCUGCUCCUGCUACGACAGCCACCACUACCAGCGCUGCUCCUGUCACGACGACCACCACCGCUGCUGUUCCUGCAACAACAACCACAACUACCUCCGCUGCUCCUGCCACUACAGCCACCACCACCUCCGCUGCUCCUACCACAACGACGACCACCACCACCACUGUUCCUGCCACAACGGCCACCACCACCUCCACUGCUCCUGCCACGACGACCACCACCACCACUGCUGCUCCUGCAACAACGGCCACCACCAUCUCCGCUGCUCCUACCACAACAACGACCACCAUUGCUCCUGCCACAACAGCCACCACCACCUCUGCUGCUCCUACCACGACAACGACCACCACCACCGCUGGUCCUGCCACGACAACUACAACCAUCUCUGCUGCUUCUGCCACAACAGCGACUACCACCAUUGCAGCUCUUGCCACAACAUCGACUACCACCACAUCUUUGACACUGGCAACCACUACCACUGCAGCUCCUGUCACGACAUUGGCUACCACCACCACUGCUUCGACGCCGGCCACUACUACUAGUGCCGCUUUUACCACAACAUCGCCAACCACCACUACCAUUCCUGCCACAACAACCACAAGUACCUCCGCUGCUCCUGCAACCACCUCCUCUGAGCCUACUUCCACCACCACUGCUCCUGCCAUGACUUCAGCUACCACUACCACUGCUACAACGCCGGCCACCACCCCCACUGCAGCUCCUGUCACGACAUCACCUACUACCACCACAACCACUACUGCCUUGACGUCCGCUACAUCCACCACUGCUACGACGUUGGUCACCACUACUACUGCUGCUCCUACCGCAACAUCACCUACCGCUACCACCAUCCCUGCCACAACAACUGCACGUACCUCCGCUGCUCCUGCAACCACCACCUCUGAGCCUACUACCACCACUGCUGCUCCUGCCACAACAGCAACAAGUAUCUCUGAGCCUACUACCACCACCACUCUUGCCAUGACAUCAGCUACCACCACCGCUGCUACAACGCCGGCCACCACCACCACUGCAGCUCCUGCCACGACAUCAGCUACCACCACCGCUGCUACAACGCCGGCCACCACCACCUCUGCAGCUCCUGCCAUGACAUCGGCUACCACCACCACUGCUUCGACACUGGCCACCACUACUAGUGCCACUCCUAUCACAACAUCGCCAACCACCACUACCAUUCCUGCCACAACAACCACAAGUACCUCCGCUGCUCCUGCAACGACAUCAGCUACAACCACCACUACUUUGACGCCGGCCACCACUACCACUGCAGCUCCUGCCACGACAUCGCCUACUACCACCACCACCACUCCUGCCUUGACGUCAGCUCCAUCCACCACUGCUACGACGUUGGUCACCACUACUACUGCUGCUCCUACCGCAACAUCGCCUACCGCUACCACCAUCCCUGCCACAACAACUGCACGUACCUCCGCUGCUCCUGCAGCCACCACCUCUGAGCCUACUACCACCACUGCUGCUCCUGCCACAACAGCCACAAGUAUCUCUGAGCCUAUUACCACCACCACUCUUGCCAUGACAUCAGCUACCACCACCGCUGCUACAACGCCGGCCACCACCACCACCACUGCAGCUCCUGCCACGACAUCAGCUACCACCACUGCUGCUACAACGCCGGCCACCACCACCUCUGCAGCUCCUGCCAUGACAUCGUGCCACUCCUAUCACAACAUCGCCAACCACCACUACCAUUCCUGCCACAACAACCACAAGUACCUCCGCUGCUCCUGCAACGACAUCGGCUACAACCACCACUGCUUUGACGCCGGCCACCACUACCACUGCAGCUCCUGCCACGACAUCGCCUACUACCACCACCACCAGUCCUGCCUUGACUUCAGCUCCAUCCACCACUGCUAUGACGUUGGUAACCACCACUACUGCUUCUCUUACCACUACUUUGCCUACCACCACCUCCAUCCCUGCCACAACAACAGCAAGUAUCUCCGCUGCUCCUGCAACCACCACCUCUGA